UAUUAUUAUUCCCAUUUUGUUCCCCAACAAUUCAUUCAAGCAUCUGCUGGCUGAUUGAUGGGUGUAGAGAUGGGCAAGCAGAAGAAGAUAUUUGUGAAAAUCGUUGCUUGUUUGAUUCUUAUGGGGGUUGCUUAUCGCCUCUACCUUUCAAUCAUCAUCCCUUCUUCUUCUUCUCCUCAGUUCAUUGCGCAUUAUUCCCCCCCUGCUCCUCUUCCUCAACUUCCCACACCUCCUCACCCUCACCCUCACACCACCAGUUCACCGGGGAGCUGCGACAUAUUCACCGGAGAAUGGGUUAGGGAUCCCACAGGCCCACCAUACACCAACACCACCUGUGACACAAUAGAGCAUCAUCAGAACUGCAUGAAGAACGGGCGCCCUGAUUCGGAUUACAUAUACUGGAGGUGGACACCCCGAGACUGCAACUUACCCAAAUUCGACCCCAAAACAUUUCUGACUUUCAUGAGGAACAAAUCCAUGGCGUUCAUCGGUGAUUCAAUCUCACGCAAUCAUGUGCAGUCAUUGCUAUGCAUUCUUUCUCAGGUCGAACGACCGGUUGAGGUGUAUCAUGACAAAGAAUACAGAAGCAAAAGAUGGUUCUUUCAUACACAUAACUUUACACUUUCGGUCAUCUGGUCACCUUUUCUAACUGAAGCCAAAAUUUUUGAAGACUAUGAUGGCCACGCUUCAGGUGCAGUCCGCCUCCAUCUUGACCAGCCCCACUCCGAAUGGGUCAACCAGUUUGGUAAGUUUGACUAUGUGGAGAUCGCCGCUGGGAAAUGGUUCUUGAAAACAGCGGUCUACUAUGAGAACAGCACGAUUGUCGGGUGUCAUAACUGUAAAAUAGAAAAUGUAACAGAGCUGGAGUUUGAUUACGCGUACCGUAGAGCUUUACAGACGACUCUCGGUUUCAUCACAAAGUCAGACCACAAGGUUUACACCUUGUUCCAGACGACAACACCUGAUCAUUUCGAGAACGGUGAGUGGAACACAGGAGGGUAUUGUAACAGGACGGUUCCUUUCGAAGAAGGGGAGACUGAAUUGAGAGAUAUUGAUUCAAUAAUGAGAAAUGUGGAACUGGAAGAAUUUAAGAAAGCAGUUGGGGAUACAAACGGGUCAACUUUGAAACUGUUUGAUACGACCCGUUUGGCUUUGUUGAGGCCGGAUGGACACCCUGGUCCCUACCGUGCGUUCCAUCCUUUUGAAGGGAAAGAUCCGAGUGCUAAAGUUCAAAAUGAUUGUUUGCAUUGGUGCUUGCCUGGGCCAAUUGACUCAUGGAACGAUCUACUCAUCAACAUACUCCUUACAGAAUAAACUUGAAGAGAGAAGGUUUUUUUUUUUU